UGAGUAAAUUAACGUUUAAUAAUAAUGAUGUCUAGAUGAAUGUAUGUCUUGUCUUAAUAUUGUAUGGUGUAAGUUUUAAGUCAAGUAACUAAUUAAAUGCUUUUUCUGUCCAGGGAUCUACGUCGUGCUGAGGAUGAUGAGUGUCGCAUUCAACAACUGGAAGACGACGAUCCAACAUACAGUAGCACCAACGAAACGUUAUCGAAAAGUCAAAGUGCGUCAGCAAGGCCUAAAAUCGCAGCGUGUGUCCUUCCUUCAACAUUGAAAGUGGACGGAGAGUAUGCGUACAGUGUGGUUAACAAAUUAGGCAAGAAACCAGACAGUUCAAAACCCACUGGGAUUCCACCUCCACAACAGGCAUCAGAUGACUAUACCUACAGUUUAGUAAACAAGUGUAGGAAAAAAGAUGAAAUGACACAUCAACAGCAGAUAGGUAGUUCCAUCGAUGGUGUCAAGAAGGACGACAAUGACUAUGAUGAUAUUCUAAACUAGAGAGAAACAACUAUUGAAUUUCCUAAAUGAUAAGAACAUAGCACAGACAAUUAAAAAAUCUAAAUGAACUUAUAUUAUCUUUUCAUAUUUAAAUAUAAGGUUAAAAGCGUUGAAAGGUAUUUUAUUUCUUUGUUAAUGCAUUUUUGAUUUAAAAUUUUCCUUCACUUGGCGUUGUAUAAGAUACUACAUAUUCAAACGUGUAAUAAAUAAUCAGAGGAUGCACUAGCCUUUACCUACAUCUCAAUAUACUUCCACGUAUAGUUACUAUUAUUGUGUGUUGAUAAGUUUGUUUUCCAAUUACAACUAUUCAUGAAAGGAAAGUUUUGGAAGACUCAACUGGUGUCUAUAAACGUACGUUUAUUGUAUCAUCAUCAUCAUCAUCAUCAUCAUCAUCAUCAUCAUCAUCAUCAUCAUCAUCAUCAUCAUCAUCAUCAUCAUCAUCAUCAUCAUCAUCAUCACUAUCAUCAUCAUCGCCAUCAUCAUCAUCAUCAUCAUCAUCAUCAUCAUCAUCAUCAUCAUCAUCAUCAUCAUCAUAAUCAUCAUCAUCAUCAUCAUCAUCAUCAUCAUCAUCAUCAUCAUCAUCAUCAUCAUCAUCACCAUCAUCAUCAUCAUUAUCAUCACCAUCAUAUUCAUCAUAUGCAUCAUAUGCAUCAUCAUCAGCAGCAGCAGCAGCAGCAUCAUCAUCAUCAUCAUUAUCAUCAUCAUCAUUAUCAUCAUUAUCGUCAUCGUCGUAGUCGUCGUCUUAAUCAUCAUCAUCGUCGCCGUCGUCAUCAUCAUCGUCAUCAUCGUUUUCUUCUUAUUCCUCUUCGUAAGCUUCAGCAUCAUCUUCAUCUUUAUCAGAGAUACUAGUCUUCGUCGUCACUUUUGUCAACAUCAGCGUAAUCAUAUAUGUAGAUUGUAUUAGAUAUAUAUAUAUAUGUGUUGUGCGUAUGUUUAAUUGGAAAUAGUUCUGUUUUGUUGGCAUGUUUUGUAUAGUAUUGGGAAAAAAACGACACGUGCAUAUAUUAUUAGGAUAGCUCUUUUGUACAGUCUUAAUAUGUAAAUUUUUAUAAUAUGUACAUGUAUACAUUCCUUUUCUCUUCAAACUGACAUGAUCUGUUUGAAGCUUUAUCUGUAUCUUGAAACUAUCUAUUUAAGUCAAUUUAGUAGAAUAAACGUCUAUGUAUCGUAAUAAAC